GGAUGCUACAGACGCUAAAGUAAUUACUCCGUACGCUGGAUUGCAAUCUGCAUUACGACCACCCUUUCUCUAUUCAAUUUUGUAGAACGCGUGAUGUGUCGAGUCAGGAUUUCUAGGUGUUGGCUGUGGAAAUGGCGGUCGCCCUUGCUUUCCACGUGGUCUGGCUGGCUGGUGGACCUCCCUCUCCUGCGGUUAGCGCGUCGACCCAACAAUCACUUUGUCCAGCCAUCUAAUCACCAGCGGCAACCCUUUGCAACAUUAUGGCAGGAGAGUGGCGCGCAGACCCGGGCCCGAGAUCACCUUUCUACCCAAGUCAGAUCCGCUUUCGUCGCUGAUGUCAGGAACAGACUCAUCUUCAAUGCUGCUCCCAAAAACCAGCUACACCUCACCAUGCGCAGCACGCCUUUACAUACCACCACGACCAUGUAAGGACAGGAGAGAAGAAGACCGACUCCCCCCCUGGUCAUCUAACUACAGGCUACCCCUGCCCACCUUGCAGGCAUGGCUGCUGCGAGAAUGUAUUUUUGGGGGGAGCCGGGCCAGCCCCUCCUCCCUCGAUCGGACAUAUGCGCGCGACGGCACCCCCGGAGACCACACCUCUUUCUCAAGGGCACCUGCGCAAAACGGAACGUUGCAGCCAACACUGGCCGCCGGGCCAGCUGGGCAGUAUUUGUCCGAACAGCCUGAUCAGGCCCGUCCAGGGGUCCCCUCCCCCACGUCGGACUGCGGGCGAAUGCUGCGAGCGGAGAGGCGUCAGACCGAAUGUGGCAGCGCCCAAGACCCCUUGGCGAUGGAUGGGGUCUCCGUUGCUGAUGCUGACGGGGGACCCCCAUUUUCGGCUGCUGCUGCUCCUGGUGCUGCUGAUAGGGCUUGCCAGCUGGAAGCACGCUUGGGUCCCGGCCACAUGGGCGAGAUUGCGACUGGACGAGGCGAGUCGUGAGAGCUGUUCUGACAUGGCUGACCCUGGAUGUCGUGAUCUUUGCGACUUCCAACCAGUCUCCCAAAGAGCAAGCAAGCAGCACAGCAGGUCGAUUCACGGACGCCGCUGC